AUGCUCACCACGGCCCCUCACCUGCGCAUUCGCCGCCCCUCUCCCACGACGGCAGAAUUCACCGUCACGACGCUGCCGCCGCAGACGCUACCCCUACGCCUCCUCUGGCUCCUCCUCCUCUUCCUGCGCAUCUCACUGUCCAUCACAAUGUUGCUCAUCCUCUACGCGCGCUGGGUCCAAGAGCGCAGCCGCAGCUGCUUCGGCGCGCAAGCUGCACCGCCAACAACCUCGCCCUCACCACCGCCGCUGCUCUCGCUGGACCGCAUAGUCUUUGCCCUCGAUGCCUUUCAAGGAACACCUGCCGGUGCGAUACUGGCUAAGAUCGCGGCGACGGUGUCUCUACCGGUGCUGCUGCCUGUUGCUGUGGCAGUCUUUUACGCGCUGAGUUUGAGGGUGCAUAAGCAGGAGAGCUUGUUGGUUUUGAGGGGGUUGGGCGUACAGACUUGUGAGAGCCCGGCGACGUACUUGGCGGGGGCGGCGACGCGAUUCAUUCCGACGGAGAAGAUUCAGGAUAUUCUGGUGAAUGAGGCGUUUCGCGGGUUUGAGGUUAGGUAUUAUCUUGUGGUGGUGGUGGAGGGGGAGGAGGAUGUCGUGGUUGUGUUUCCGGGGUUGUUGCCCAAGAGGAAGAUUGUCGAGACGGUAUGGAGGGGGGUGAGGGAGUGUUUGUAUGAGGGGAGAGGAGAGGAUAGGGGGUUGGCGAGCGACAAGUGA